AUGGCUUCUUCACCGGAGUGUAUAACCUGGAUGGUUGUGGGCCUGACUGAAUCUGUCACCAUAAUAGCUCUGAAUUCUUUGACAGUGAUUGCAUUUUGUCGAGACCGUGAUCUUCGUAAACGAUCCACAUACUUAGUGAUGAGCUUGGCAGUUGCAGACAUGUUAUCCGGGGGAAUUUCUCCACUCCACCUCUUCUAUGAUGUUGGAGCGAUGUGCAACUUCUGGAGGCAUAAUACGGAGCAUUGGUAUCUGAUACCAACGGUCUUAGUCUCCUGGUUUCUCGGUUGUUCCUUGACAAAUAUGACUUUUAUUUCUCUAGAACGCCUGAAUGCAACGUUUUGGCCCUUCAGACAUCGUACCAUCAAAAAGUCAGUCUACUGGGUUCUUAUAAUCGCCAUCUGGUUGACAGCACUACUCUUUUCAUGUGCGUUAGUAAUGAUUUAUUAUUAUACACGUGAAUGGGACUAUUGUUUCUACACUUGGAGUUCAUUCAUCUCAAUUUAUCUUUUGGUCAUUUGUGUCUCUUACGUCUUUAUUUUUGUCAAGCUUCGCUUUGGAAAACAGCCUCGACACCACGGCGCGGCAAAUAGGGAAAGGAAACUGACCGUGACGUUGUUCACUGUGACUUCUCUCUCUCUGCUAUUGUGGCUGCCUUAUGUUAUAACUAUUUCUCUGUUUUUUGCCACUAACAUUUUAAGUUCAAUGUCUGAAAUGGCGCUUUUCCGUUUGUAUCAUAUUUCAACCGUCUUGCUUUACACAAACUCUUUCUUAAAUCCGAUAGUGUAUACUAUAAGGAUGCCAGGUUUUAGGCGAGCUCUAAAGAUGUUAUGUCGCCAACGACCUCAGCCACACAGACAGGUUGAGAACAUUCCCCUCCGUGAGAUUAACCCACAAAUUUGGAUUUAA